AUGAGGAAGGUGGCGCCGAAGAGCGUCGCCUUGGUGGCCGGGUCGAGGCCGUGCGGGAAGGUGACGCCGAACGUGGAGGCGUCGGUGAACACCUCCUUGGUCAUGCCGCCCCACUGCUUGGUGAUGGUGCCCACCUGGCGGCUGCCGUCGGCCGACAUCACGGGGAAGUCGACGUCCGCGCAGCACUUGCAGACACAGCAGGGGCCGUGGAUCUGCAGGCGCACCUGGCCGUCGGGACCGCGCACGCUGAAGCUCGGCUUCAUCACCGACCACUCCUGCGUGACGGUGCCCAUCGGCAUACCUGGGACUGGCAUGCUACCCACGCUGAACCCGUACUACGAGGCCAACCCGCUGAGCCGUAUGAUCUCGGACGACCGGUUCAUCCUGCACACCCUGUCACGCUGGCACUUCGGCGCCGACGACACGGGCGACCUGAUGAACCCGGCCAACGCCGACCACCUGAUCGAGGUCACCGGCGCCGGGGUCAACCUGGUGACGGCCGACGGCAGCGUGGACUGUCAGGGCGAGCCGGCCGAGCAGGAGCGGAUAGUGGCCGGCCUGCACCACUGCGAGGUGUGGUGCGCCCUGCGUGCCCUCCAGCCCGGCGGCACGCUGGUCGUCAAGAUGUUCACGUUCUACGAGUCCGGCUCCGUGUGCCUGCUGUUCCUGCUCAGCUGCUGCUUCGCCGAGGUGAGCGUGGUCAAGCCGUCGUGCAGCAAGUCGGGCAACUCGGAGGUGUACGUGGUGUGCCGACGGCUGGCGGCGGGCCCGCUCAGCGGCGGCCACCUGGAGCGGUGGCGGCGGCGCUACGGGGCCGACGGCCGCCAGCCGCUCUUCGCCCGACACCACGUGCCCGACACGUUCAUCCAACAGCUUGUGCAGUGCGCCAGGCUGUUCAAGACGUCACAGGAGGCGGAGAUCGCUCGGAACCUGCAGCUGCACGAGCGGGCGGAUGGCGCCGCCUGGCGCGAGGUGGACGCCGUCAGAGAGGCGGUCGCCGCCCAGUUCCUGCAGCGCUGCCGCCUGGCGCCCAUAGAUAAGACGCUGAAGCUGAGCCACCCGGUCGAUCCCCGGCUCUACACGUCGUUCCAGGUGGAGAACAAGGCCGGCACCGGCACCUACGAGCAGCGCACCGGGCCGCGUUCGGACCGGGACCGGCUGGCGGCGGCCGCCGUGCUGACGCCGCGCACGCUGUCGCUGUUGCCGGUCACAGAGCUGUGUCUGCGGCCGGGCGUGGAGCAGCUGGUGGCCUACAAUGACAGGCUGCUGCGGCUGAUCACGACUCCCGAGACGCCGUGA